AUGACGGCGGCGUACCGCGGGGACCCGGGCGCCGGCCAGCCGGGGACCCCCGCGCCCCCCGAGGGCUGCGCACGGGGGGAUCGGGGCAGGAGCGGCGGGGGGCCGUGCCUGUGGGUGGGCGCCGCCGCCGCGGGCCCGGGGUCCCUGGCGCCCCCCGGCCCCGGCCCCAGCCCCGUGCUGGGCCCCGCGGGCGGCCUGGCCGGGGCCGGGGCCGGGGCCGGGGCCGGGGCGGAGCGGGCGUGGCUGAGCCUGGCGGGGCUGGUGCGGCCGCCGUACUCGUACUCGGCGCUGAUCGCCAUGGCCCUGCAGAGCGCGCCGCGCCGCCGGCUCACGCUCAGCCAGAUCUACCAGGACGUGGCCGGCCGCUUCCCCUUCUACCGCCGCAGCCAGGCCGGCUGGCGCAACUCCAUCCGCCACAACCUGUCGCUCAACGACUGCUUCCAGAAGGUGCCCCGCGACGACAGCGACCCGGGUAAAGGCAACUACUGGACCCUGGACCCGAACUGUGAGAAGAUGUUCGACAACGGAAACUUCCGCAGGAGGAGGAAGCGGAGAGGGGAGGUCGAGGCCCGGGCAGACCCGGCCCGGGGCGCCGAGGCACUGGCGCGGGAGCCUCGGGGUGCAGCUUCCUCGGAUCUGCCUGCCUCGCCUUCCCCAAGGCUGCCCGAGGCCGCUCCCUGCCUGUCCAGCUUCUCCUCGGCCAUGGGCGCCCUGGCUGGCGGCCUGGGCGCCUUCCCAGAGGGCCUGCCAGGGGACUUUCCUCUCCGAGGGCCCAUGGCUGUGGCCACUCACGGUGCCCAGCCCCCCAGCCCAGUGCCGGGGUUCACUUCCGGCCAUCAGACUGUGGCCCCUGGCUUUAGGGGCAGGCACUUCGUCUACAGCCGGCAAGGGACAGAGGUUUGA